GGCCACCAUGAGCCAUUCCCCUCAGAUGUAGCCGGACCGGACGACUCGAAUACCCAUCCCAGCCCCUCUGAGGCUAUCACAUAUGGCGCUCGCGAGAUACCCUCCCCUUCCGUUUCCUCUCCCGCUGCUAAAUCCGAUCUCCCUAAUACCGUCACCAUUCCCUGCCAAUACAUCGCCAUAGGCGAUGUCCUUAUACUGAAUGGCCGCCCUUGCCAAGUCAUCCGCAUCUCGACGAGCGCUGCUACAGGCCAACACCGCUACGUUGGUGUCGACCUUUUUACUAAGCAGCUUCACGAGGAACCCUCCUUCAUCUCUAACCCUGCCCCUAGUAUCAUCGUCCAAACUAUGCUCGGCCCUAUAUUCAAGCAAUACCGCGUCCUCGAUAUAAAGGAGGGCAAGAUCGUUGCCCUGACUGAGACCGGUGAUGUCAAGCAAGGCCUCACCGUCAUUGACCAGUCCAACCUCUACGCCCGUCUCAGCCAGGCUUUCGAGGCCGGCCGCGGCUCCGUCCGUGUCCUCGUCCUUAACGACGGUGGCCGCGAGCUCGCUGUCGACAUGAAGGUCAUCCAUGGAUCAAGGCUGGCAGGUAAUGAAACAGAGCAGACAUUCCGAGAUGCUGUUCGCACGAAUGAUAUAUUGGCGGUGGAAAAGGCCCUACAGGAACGUGUAAAUAUCAACACGCCGGAUGACGACGGAAGAACAGCCCUUGUUGAUGCCAUCGAAAACCACCACCAGGAUAUGGUUGAUCUCCUCCUGCAGCAGGAAAUCGACCUCAAGGCAUUGGAUAAAAAUGGCAAAACUGUGCUGGAUGUUGCCGUCUCCGACCCAGAACACUACCUGACAACCUUUAAACUCUUGAAAAAAGGUGCAGCACCUACGGAUAAUCUUGAUGAGGGCAUCGCACAACUCCUCUCAGCUGCUGCAAAGGGACAAGAUGAGGAAAUCAAAGCUCUGUUGGGCGGCUGUGUGAAUCAUAACAGUUGUGAUCGGCUCGGGUACACUGCCCUACACGAGGCUGUUUGCUUUGGUCAUUACGAGACGGCGAAAAUGCUCAUCCGAGAUGGGGCUGAGAUUAAUAAACCGAUCGCACAUGGAGGAGCCACAGCGCUGCAUGCAGCUGUUCAGAGGGGUCGUGAGCAUCGCGAAUUCCUUCCAGGGGCUCGAAGGACUACUCCGGCCCUCAGCGAGAACCACGUUAAAGUUGUGGCAUUGUUGUUACAACACAACGCCAACACUGAGCACAGAAGGUCAUAUGAUAACCUGACUGUACGAGAGCUCGUGUCUGAGGAGCUUGGGUUGGCCGAGAGCUUUCACGCAGCUGAGAGAAGCUGCCUUCAGAAGAUAUUGAUUCUUCUGAAUAACUCUCCUUCGCAGCAAGUGACAGGCAUAAGAGCAACCUGGCCAACAGAGCCGAAUGUGAGUGAUCGAUUGAAAGCUUCUCGGCUGCAGAUUCAAUGGCAUACCUCGAGCCGAGUUUUCGAAACACUUUCGCCUUUUGUUUGGGACUUGAUACAAUCACCCGAGCCUAGCCAUACAAGAAGCGAAGUCAGAAGACUUGAAGAAUGGGUGCGGGGUGGCGUGAACAACUCCAAGCCAAGAGAGUAUUGGAGAUGGGCACAUCUACCGGCAAAUAACGACUUGAUCCGCCCACUGAGUGGUAUGGAUAAUGAAACAGUCAAGACAUAUUGGGACGGAAUUAGAGCGUUCACUACCGAGCUCUACCUCGAAAUCAGAGGCCCGGCGCUCCAUGCCCGCUUUCGACAGCCUUCGUUCAAGUCUUUACCAGGGUCUCGCGGAGGGAUUUUCUCGCUGGUUGUGAGUUGGUGUUCUUCCAAGGACUGUGACAACAACUUUGCCAAUGAGGAAACCUUGAGGAGGUUUUAUCAUGAAUCCGACGACAGUCCAGCUAGCUUCCACGCACCAUGCGCACUGGAUCAGUCCUACUACCUAUCCCUUGACAAUUCGAGUGAUCGAGAUAAGGGUCAGGUCGUGAUCAAAUAUGUCCAGCGUCAAGAAAAUCUGGACCAGUCAGCCACGGCCAAUGCAAAGCCCAAGAGGCUUCUCAUGGUGAAUCAGAUGUGGGUCUGGAAAUUUGAUGCCAUGACACUUGUCACUGCGUUUCCCGACCGCCACCACCAAGACCCACGGCAACCGAUCCUCUCGGCCAACAUCUCCAAAGAUCUCAAAGACAAUCCACCCUCAACUAUGGGUUCGAUGAUAUGCCGUAUCCUGGAACAUGUCACUGGGUUCGUGGAGGCACCGAAUAAUGCCGGCCUGAGCGAGAACUUGUUUCACAUAUUUGAGCAGAGUAUAGCUUAUCGGGCCCAAGAGGAUGCGAAUUGCUAUGCCAAGUUCUACAAAUUGCAAAGAAAGCUGAGCAAUCUAGGCAAGGAGAAGGAGGGUACGAAAGCUCAGCACCAAGAAAUGAUGCAAACCGAAACUGAAAUAUGCAACAUCACAAGUGAAGUUGAGCACCUUUGUGAGAUCAAAGACAUCAAGGAUGAGUUGAGAAUGAUUCAGAGAGUUUUAGAGGACCAGAGGGCCGUUAUCGACCAAUACCACGCAGGCCAGGUAGAAGAGAACUCCAUCGUCAACGAUGGACGGUUCGACAAAGAAGAAGAAGUGCGGCUAUUAGGGGGUGAGGAGGAUGAGCUGAAACAUACGAAGAAAAAGAUUGAGCUUCGAAUCUCCAAGGUCAAGUCCCUUAUCGCGGACGCAUCUGCGGUAGAAGACUCACUCAAUCAUCUGCUCGAUCUCAAGCAGAAACAAGGAAACCUGAUCGUUACCCCUAUAUCGUUUAUAUCCUCGUUUCUAGCAGUCCCAACACAAGAUUUUCCUCAUUCGAAUGAUGGGGAAGUAGCCUGGGCAUGGUGGCAAGUCUUUGUCGGCUGUAUGAUCGUCGAGCUCCUCACGUUUCUUGCUGUUGCGCCUUGGAUUGAGUGGAAUCGCUUCGGCUUUAGUGACCCUUGGAAAAGACGCGAUAAGAAAAGACAGCAUGAUGAUGAAUCUAAAGGGAACUAG